CUGGCUGUAGGCUGUGGCACUUGGCCAGAGGUGGCGCUGGUUGACUCGAGUCCAUGUUAGUGCACACAAAGUAAACUGCACGCUUUAGUUGUGAAGCAAAAACGCUGAAACCGGAGAAAUAAAAUGUGCGAGGGGGACGAUAACGACGACAAGAGUCCCCCGAUCGUUUAUUCUUCCUGUCCCGUGAACAACACCGGCGUGGUAUUAAUUGUUUGCUGUUUUCGCGAUCGCGUCGCGCAUGAGGAUAUCACCAGGUAAACUCGCGACAUUUUUAAACAUUUGGUUGUUCAACGGCAUCAAGACUGACGGAGUGUGUUUGAGAUAACCUCACAAGUGUCACAGGUCACACAUUUGGCGGGUUUUUUGCUGGUUUGUCGGUAGCAGCUCCUGAAACGCAAGACUACCACACAUCUGUUCGACCAACGCCAGUUGAUCUAAACGCCAGUUGUUCUGGAACACCAGCGAUGGAGAAACGUGAACAUUCCUUUUGUUUUAAUAAAGUUUUCAAUGAUUUUAAGCUUUAACGCAGAGGGGACGAUGAAGCGGUGUUUGCUUGCCCUGUCCCUCCUGAGCUUGUGGACUCUCGCAAUGGAAGAUACUGAGGAAUCCUGUAAUUUUAUGGAGAGAUGCGUCUUACCGUGCAGUUUCCAGAUUGGGAAAGAAAUCGUCAUCCACUGGUUUAAGACACCAAGAGACCUUCGUGUCCACUCGUACUACCACAGCAAAAACCAGUUUGGACACCAGGACCAGCGCUUCAGAAACAGGACUUCAGUGUUCCAGGACCAGAUCCGCAGAGGAAAUGCCUCACUCCAGCUGACAAGUGUGGAGGUUCAGGAUGAGGGCAGAUAUAAGUGCCACACCAGCACCAUCAAGGGAAACCAGGAGUCAUUUGUCAACCUAAAAGUAGAUGCUCCAGUUAAAGAAGUCAGUCUUGAUCAGGUUGAAAACUGGAUCAGCUGCAGGUCAGAGGGGAUCUACCCUGAACCUCAGCUCUCCUGGUCCACCAGCCCUCCAUCCAACAUCACCUUCACUAACACCACCACAGUCGAGCGGACUGAACAGGUGCUGUAUAACAUCAGCAGCUCUCUGAUGCUUUCAGCCGGUGUUUAUGACCUGCUCUUUAUCUGCACCAUCAGCACUCGCAGGAACAGGAGGAGAACCACUCUGCAGAGACUAUCUCAUAUCAGUGGUCCCAGUACUGGUGUAACAGUCACCUGCACCUCUCCAAACACUUCACUCACCAACUUCAGCCUCGUCUGGAAAUUCAACCACACUCAGACCAUCGUGAACCAGACUGGGACCAACUUUACCUACUCGGUGUCAGACGAGUGGAGGGAGAAGGUGAAGAAUGUGUCUAAAUCAUGCAGUCUCAUGCUAAAGGACUUAUCUACAAAACAGGAGGGGAUGUACACCUGUAAGCUCAGUAAUGCUGAGGAGACUCACAUUACCCACAUCCACCUGAGAAUAAUCAAAGGACGUCACAUUAACCUUGUAGCCAUUAUCACAGCUUUGGGGUCUGGAAUUGUACUGAUCGGCCUAUUGACAACUGCUGCAAUCUGCAGCACACAGAGAAGGGUAAGAGGCCUGCAUUGCACUUUUCAUAAUUUAUUAGCUUGCACCAUCGAAACUGAAAAGGUAAAGCUGUACGGGCUGACUGAGUAGUAGUUAAUUCACGGGUGAAUUAACUAAAAUGGUGUC